CUACUACAACCCCUCAACUUCUAAACUUCCCAUUUAACACCUUGUCUCUCGCUCUCGCUCUCUCACAGACAACAUACAAACACACGAGCUUUUCCAUCAAAAACAAAAUGGGAAGCCAGAGAAGCCCUCUUCUUCUUGCACUUGUCUCUGUCUUCUUUUGUUCCUCAGUCGUCUUAGCUGCUCCGGUGACAUACAAUGUGGUCAGUUUGGGAGCCAAAGCAGACGGAAAGACGGACUCCACCCGGGCUUUCCUUGAUGCAUGGACGAAAGCUUGCGCCUCCGUAACCGCCUCCACCAUUUACGUGCCGGCAGGGAGAUUCUAUCUUCGCCAGGUGGCUUUCAACGGCCCAUGCAGGAGCAAGGCGAUCUUCAUCCGCAUCGACGGCACCCUUGUCGCCCCAUCGGACUAUGGGGUCCUCGGAAAUUCCGAUAACUGGCUCGGCUUCAGCCACGUGAACGGGGUUACAUUAUCCGGUGGGAUUCUUGACGGCCAAGGCACCGGCUUGUGGGCUUGCAAGUCCUCCGGCAAGAGUUGCCCCAGUGGAGCAACGACACUGGAAUUUUCUAAUUCCAACAACAUCGUGGUGAGUGGAUUAACCUCCCUAAACAGCCAAAUGUUCCACAUCGUCGUCAAUGGCUGCCAAAACGUGAAAAUGCAAGAUGUCAAGGUUACCGCGGAUGGCAACAGCCCAAACACCGAUGGCAUUCACGUGCAAUUAUCUUCAGGUGUCACGAUCCUCAACUCCAAAAUCCGGACCGGAGAUGACUGCAUCUCAAUUGGCCCCGGUACCACCAACUUGUGGAUUGAGAACAUUGCAUGCGGACCUGGCCAUGGAAUUAGCAUUGGGAGUCUAGGCAAGGACUCGAAUGAGGCUGGUGUGCAGAAUGUGACAGUGAAUACAGCUACUUUCACCGGUACUCAAAAUGGAGUAAGGAUUAAGUCUUGGGGAAGGGCAAGCAAUGGUUUUGCUAGGAAUAUUCUUUUCCAACAUGUAAUUAUGGUGAAUGUCCAGAAUCCCAUUUUAAUCGAUCAAAAUUACUGCCCCGACAACAAAGGUUGCCCUGGACAGGUUUCUGGCGUAAAAGUCAGUGACGUGACAUACCAAGACAUCCAUGGAUCAUCGGCGACUGAAGUUGCUGUGAAAUUUGAUUGCAGUUCAGAAAACCCUUGCAGCAGAAUAAGGUUGGAGAAUGUAAAAUUAACUUACCAGAACCAAGCAGCCGAAGCCUCGUGUAUCCAUGCAGCAGGGACAUCUUCUGGUUUUGUCCAGCCCACAAGUUGUUUCUAGUCGGAGAAAGAUAUAAAUCCAUAUCUUAAAAUUAAUUAAGGAUAGAAAAGGAAUCUCUAUAGUUUUGUCCUUAUAAGGACAAAAAUGAUAUUGUAAUAGUAUGAAGAAGGUCUAUUGCUCGAGUCUGUGGCGUUGAUAGCCCGUUGGGCUUUCUUGGAGCCUGGCCUUGCAAUCAGCAUAUAUAUGUACUCGUUUGAGAUUUGUGGGAUUUUGAGAGUUUGAUUCACGUGUGGAAUUUAU